CCGGAGUGCAAGGCUAAUCUCUGUGCAGAGGCACCGCCCCACUCCGCCUCCACCGGCCCCGCGGCUCCGCAGCCCUGCGCUCCGGGCCUGGUAUGCACAGCCUCACCAUGAGCUCUUCUGCAGCUAGCCCGCUCUUCGCGCCCGGCGAGGACUGCGGCCCCGCGUGGCGCGCGGCCCCCGCGGCCUAUGACGCAUCUGACACGCACCUGCAAAUCCUGGGCAAGCCAGUGAUGGAACGUUGGGAGACCCCCUAUAUGCAUGCGCUGGCGGCGGCUGCUGCCUCCAGAGGGGGCCGGGUCUUGGAAGUGGGCUUCGGUAUGGCCAUUGCAGCCUCCAGGGUGCAACAGGCCCCCAUAGAGGAACACUGGAUUAUUGAGUGCAAUGAUGGGGUCUUCCAGCGUCUACAAGACUGGGCCCUGCGGCAGCCACAUAAGGUUGUUCCCCUGAAAGGCCUGUGGGAGGAGGUGGCGCCUACCCUGCCUGACGGUCACUUUGAUGGGAUUCUAUAUGACACGUACCCACUGUCUGAAGAGGCCUGGCACACUCACCAAUUCAACUUUAUUAAGAAUCAUGCCUUCCGCUUGCUGAAGACCGGGGGCGUUCUCACCUAUUGCAACCUCACGUCCUGGGGGGAGCUCAUGAAGUCCAAAUACACAGACAUCACCACCAUGUUUGAGGAGACGCAGGUGCCUGCACUGCAGGAAGCUGGCUUCCUGAAAGAAAACAUCUGCACAGAGGUGAUGGCACUGGUGCCCCCAGCCGACUGCCGCUACUAUGCCUUCCCUCAGAUGAUCACACCCCUGGUCACCAAGCACUGAGCAGCCGGCCCAGGUCUACAAGGAGCCUGUGUCCUCCUCAGUACCUUUGUGGCUGGAAUGUGGGCUCCAGCCUCUCCACUGUGCCUGCAGUGUGACAUCCUAACCAUUGCCUGGCACUGCCAUCUUCCCAGAGCUCAGGAGUAAAAUAAAUGCUAACAAGAAGA